AUGGACACUAAGGGCUCAUUUUCCUGUGGGUUCCUCUUGCUGCUUCUCAUCCAGCUCCAGUCCAGCAAAGCCAACCCCAUCUACAGCCUCAGCCCUGCCAAAGAACUGGCCAGCAUGGAGGCUCUGCUGGAGAGACUGGAGGAUAAGUUUGCACUGAUUGAAGCCCUGGAGUCCAAUCCUGACCUGCAAGAGCCCAAAACCCAGGAGGAGAUCCCACCAGAACUCAUAGAUGACACUGAUGACCAGAAGACUGAGUCCAAGCUAGCACCCAACACCCCUCUGUCCUACAGGGACCCCUUCCUCAAGAGACUGAGGGGGAUGCAGAUGCCCAGGAUGAUGAGAGAUUCUGGCUGCUUCGGGAGGAGAAUUGACAGAAUUGGCUCCCUGAGUGGAAUGGGUUGCAAUGGUUCCAGGAAGAAUUAGGACAACUUCCCUACCCGUGCUCUGAAGAAUGCUUUACAGUACCCGUUCCUCCCAAGAUGAAAGCCAGAUGCUUUCUAAACUCGUCAACAGAAAG